AUGGCCAAUUCCCUGUGGGACACGACGGCCAUUUCCUACUCGGGAUGUGCUGCCCAGGUCUUUUUCUACCUCUUUUUACUUGCAGCAGAGUUUUAUCUCCUCACAGUCAUGGCCUAUGACCGCUUCAUUGCCAUCUGCAGACCCCUGCACUAUGGGACCCUCAUGGACAGCAGAGCCUGUGUCAAAAUGGCAGCAGCUGCCUGGGCCAGUGGUUUUCUCCAUGCUGUGCUGCACACUGCAAACACAUUUUCAAUACCACUCUGCCAAGGCAACACCGUGGACCAGUUCUUCUGUGAGAUUCCCCAGAUCCUCAAGCUCUCCUGCUCAGACUCCUACCUCAGGGAACUUGGGUUUCUUGUGGUUGGUGCCUGUUUAGUCUUUGGAUGUUUCAUUUUCAUUGUGCUGUCCUACGUGCAGAUCUUCACUGCUGUGCUGAGGAUCCCCUCUGAGCAGGGCCAGCACAAAGCCUUUUCCAUGUGCCUCCCGCACCUGGCCGUGGUCUCCCUGUUUCUCAGCACUGUCAUGUUUGCCUACCUGAAGCCCCCCUCCCUCUCCUCCCCAUCUCUGGAUCUGGUGGCGGCUGUUCUGUACUCAGUGGUGCCUCCACAUCUUGAGUAUUGCCUCUUGCACGUCACUAAUAAAGCUGUUGAACCGGACAAGUUCCUGGAGAGACCCCAUGGUGCUCCACUUCUCCCUGGCCUCCAGGAAGAGUACUACGCCCUCACCGCUGCCCUCGGAGCCUGA